UAAUGUAGGAGCGUAUUGAUUACCGGUGAGAGCUACGAUUUUUUAGUUCAAUCAUCGAAUAUUAUUUUGCUUGAUAUUCCAAUUUUUAAUAUUUGGUGUUUUAUGUGUGAGAUCUCUGUGAAAGUUUUAAAGCAGUUGUGUAGUGCCUCUUUCAGUGUGCUCACGUCCGUAGCAUUGUUUGUUCCUCAUAACUGCGAACACGAAAAAUAAAAUAAAAUGAAUAUAUUAUGUUCUGCGGAGAGCCAACCCUUCUUCAUCCGGUGGGUAUAUUACUUUAGGUUUGCCAGUGUAAUUCAUAGAAUUACUACUAAAACAUAUUUUACCACCUAAAAGUUAAAGAUUUUUUGUGUCAAAUCCGGACCAUAACGCAAGUGUUACCUCUUCUCAUAUUAAAUAUAAAACGCUGCUUUAUUAAGUGAGUAUGGUAUAUAAACAGACGUUUCAAUAUAUUAAACGCAUUUUCUGAUGAACGCAUUUUUCUCCCCGAGUGUCGCGAUUUCGUUUUCAUUUUGAUUACAGAUUACUGAUUACAGCUCUGCGUCAUAUUCAAUUAAGUUUAUUUGCCAAACAGGACAGAUAAAAACAAUCAAAACAAACAAACAACAAACAGUAAGAAAAAAGCAAAUACAAUAAUUAAAAUACAUACAGACAUUUCAGCCAAUGCACUCUCAGUCUGGAUGUGUAACGUUACCUGUAGCAACUCACUAAGGCAUCAUAAUAAACGUUGCUAUGACGACAAAUAUUAUUUGUCGCGCGGCGCGCAAAUAAAAAAAAAAUCCUGUCAGAAAUCAUCCCAGUUACGUCUAUUUGACAAAACAAAAAAACAAUUUCAAUCGAUGGAUAAAUGGUUGAAACGGGUUCAGGCCAUACCCAGAACGACAACAGAAACUUCACAGGAGUCACCUGCUGUCGGGACAAGCUUUUCAGGUCAAGACACUAUCAUUGCUAAUCCUAACUCUGACGAAAGGCCUGAUGCUAGCCAAACCAUUAACAUGGACAGUGAUGGAGACGGGGAGACACAGACUCUUCCAUCAAGACAACAAGGCGAUGGAACCGUUUGAUGCUGAUGAGUAUAUUGAGAGACUGGCUUGGAGAACACCUGGAGGAGGAUCCAAAGGAGGUGCAGAGGCAUUUGAUCCCAAAAAGUUGCUGGAAGAGUUUGUGAACCACAUUGAGGAGCUAAAACUGCUGGAUGAAAGGAUUCAAAGGAAGGUGGAGAAGUUGGAGCAGCAAUGUCACCGUGAAGCCAAGGAGUUUGCCCACAAGGUCCAAGACCUGCAAAGGAGCAACCAAGUAGCCUUCCAGCACUUCCAGGAGUUGGAUGAACAUAUCAGUUACGUGGCCACCAAGGUGUGUCAUCUGGGAGAUCAGCUAGAAGGAGUCAAUACUCCAAGACAGAGGGCAGUGGAGGCUCAGAGACUCAUGACAUACUUCAACGAGUUCCUGGAUGGAGAACUGCGCAGUGAUGUCUUCAACAAUCCUGACAAGAUAAAAGAAGCUGCAGACAUCAUUCAGAAGUUGCACCUGAUCGCUCAGGAGCUGCCGUUUGAUAGAUUUUCUGAUGUCAAGGCCAAGAUAGCAAGUAAAUAUCAUGACCUUGAGCGUCAGCUGAUCCAGGAGUUCACAGCAGCUCAGCGAAGGGGAGAGAUUGGGCGCAUGCGUGAGGUGGCAGCAGUCCUGCUACAUUUUAAGGGUUAUGCCCACUGUGUGGAUGUCUACAUUAAGCAAUGCCAAGAGGGAGCGUAUAUGCGGAAUGAUGUGUUUGAAGACAUUGCAAUUCUGUGUCAGCGGGUUAAUAAACAAGUUGGAGAGGUUUUCUGCAGUCCAGAGACUGUCAUGGCUAAACUCAUUCAGAGCAUCUUUGAGAAUAAGAUACAGGCUCAUGUCAAAGAAAGACUAGAUGAGACCCGCAACUCUGAUGUGGAGCAAUACCUCAAGAACCUCUAUGACCUCUAUACACGGACAACGGCACUGGCUGCUAAACUCUCAGACUUUAACUUGGGCUCAGACAAGCACACGUUUCUAUCUAAGCUGAUAAAGAAUAUAUUCUCCUGUUACCUGGAGAGCUACAUAGACAUGGAGCGACAAUAUCUGCAAAACCGCAGUGGCAUGAUUCUUCAGCGCUUUUACGACUCCAAGAACCACCAAAAACGACCUGUAGGCACUGGAAGCAUCCAGGAACUAAAAGAGAGGAUCAGACAACGCACUAACCUGCCUUUGGGACCCAGCAUUGACACACAUGGAGAGACUUUGCUCUCACAAGAGGUUGUAGUCAACCUGCUGCAGGAAACCCGACUUGCCUUUGAGAGAUGCAACAAGUUGUCAGACCCAGCAGAUCUACCAAAAAAUGCCUUCUCCAUUUUCUUGCUUUUGGUGGAGUAUCUGUGUGUGGACCAUAUAGACUAUGCCCUUGAGAUUGGGCUGUCAGCCAUCCCGUCUUCGGAUGCCAAAAAUGCCAACCUUUACUUUCUGGAUGUGGUUCAACAGGCCAACACAAUCUUUCACCUCUUUGACAAGCAGUUUAACGAUCAUCUUAUGCCUCUUAUUAGCUCCUCUCCUAAGCUGACGGAGUGCCUGCACAAGAAGAAAGAGGUGAUCGAACAGAUGGAGGUGAAGCUGGACACCGGGAUUGAUCGGACACUAAAUUGCAUGAUAGGCCAGAUGAAGCAUAUCCUGGUGACUGAGCAGAAGAAAACCGACUUCAAGCCCGAAGACGAGAACAAUGUCAUGAUACAGUACACUACGGCUUGCUCAAAAGUGUGUGCCUAUGUGAACAAGCAAGUGGAGCGUGUGCGGCGGUCCAUGGAUGGUAAGAACGUGGACACGGUCUUGACCGAGCUGGGAGUGCGGUUCCACCGGCUGAUCCACGAGCACCUGCAGCAGUUCAGCUACAGCUCCAUGGGUGGUAUGCUAGCCAUCUGUGAUGUGGCAGAAUACCGCCGCUCCGCCAAAGAUUUCAGAGUUCCUCUCGUGCUCCAGCUCUUCGACACGCUUCAUGCUCUGUGUAACCUCCUGGUUGUGGCUCCGGACAACCUCAAACAGGUGUGCUCUGGAGAGCAGCUGACCAACCUCGACAGGAACCUCCUCCACGCUUUCGUCCAGCUGAGAGUAGACUAUCGCUCAGCCCGACUGGGACGCCAUUUCAGCUAAUGACUGGCAGGGCUGCCAACAGAACUGCCAUCCGUUCAGAGCUGCGACAAACACAAGUGGCCAAUCUUGAGUGGCUUUUGAACUGUCUUUGUCUAUGAUUCGGUGUCGAAAUUAAACUUUGAGCAAUUGUUUCCAAGCCCAACAUUUCCCAGGUAGCUCAAUUUUAAGUUCCGCGUUUUGUUCUAUAUGCAGGUUUUAAUGCGAGCGUAGUGCUUUGCCCAUAUUUUGUUUAUGAUAUCAUUUUAAAAGGAUAUAUAAUGAAGGUAGAGGGCUGUUUUGUGCAUUUUUCCCUGUGUCUUCGGCUUCUAAUAGAGAGAGGAUGAUCGUCUUGGAUAGAUGAACUGAGAUGGGCCACUCAAAUGAUUCUGCCACUGGAUUUGGGUGGUCAAGAGACUCAUUUUCAUUUGCUUUUAUUUUGAUUGUGCCAAAUCCAUCCUCUGUGGCUCUACUUGGAGUAACGGGGGUGGUCUCCACACUGCUCUGGAUCAAUGAGUUUGUCCAGCUCAUUUCACUCAGGCUCUUGUGCACACAUAGGGCUUCAAAGAGAAGACAAUUACUGUUUUGAGCUGAACAAUGCAGAUGUUAUACAACUGUUGCCAUGCUUUGAAAGCUAAUUUGGUUCUAAAAUCAUUUCGUACUCUUAGAAUAACAUCUUCAAUGGUUUUAAACAUGAGUGCAUCAGAAUUCUGUUAAAAAAUAACAAUAGAAUCAGUGGUUUCACUUCCAUGCGCCCGACAACCUGCAAAACUGACCUUUCCAAUGCUAAAAUGUAACUUGAUACAUGAACAACAGUUAUUUUGGAGACGUAAAUGGAAAAUAUUGCAUCCGUGCUGACAGCCGGCUGUUUACUAAAACUGAAGUAAAAUUUGCAGAUAUAGCAUUAACAUUUAAUAAAAUAAAAUAAAAAUACACUAGGCAAGCAGCAUUAAUAGUUGUUUCUAAGGGCUCGGAUCACAUAUUGUUGUUCUUAUUUUGAAACCUUUAAUGCAAGACACUUUCAUCUGACAGGGAUGUGUUGAAUGCAGUAAUGUUAUAGGAGUAGUUUAACCCUUAACCUCUGAUGAAGAGGCAGGGGUCAAGAUCUUUGACCUCUAGGAAUGACCUAGGUGUGUUAGACUAUUAGAAAGGAUUGGAUGGUCUGAUGUUUGAUUCCGUUAUACUGUACUGAUUUCAAAAUUGAAUUUAUGUUAAAAUGAUGCUAUUGUUUGUACAAGCUGCUCAUUAUAAUCUAUUUCCAAAAAUAAAAUGUGUGAAACAA